AUGUCAAUGAAUUCGAUCUGUUCAGCUGCCACAGCCUGCUCAGUCAAGCUCUACAUUACAAACUCCUACCGUUAUCCAGGUCAAGUGCUCUCAGGACAAGUUGUUGCAGCAGCUGGAAAUAGUAAUCAUAAAAUUGGACAUGCAAUUGAUAUAAAUGUACAGUACAAUGGUAAUUCUAUCUGCAACAGUAAAUGUUUGGCAGCUACAUCGUCUCUCCCAAGUUCAGUUCAAUGUUUUAUCUCAAAAAUCCGUUCAACAUCUGGUUUGAGAUAUGGCGGUGAUAUUACACCAAUAGAUGUUGUUCACAUUGACGACAAUUUUAAUAACAAUUCACCUGCGCAGUAUCAACAAUUGUACACUCAGAUUGCGACAAACUGUGGGAAUGGUAGUGCGCCUACGACAACACGAGCUGCAAUAACUGCAAAACCUCCGGUUACACAGCGACCACCACAAACACAAAAAUCCUCAAGUGGAAGUGGCAGUGGAGGAGGAAGUCAAACCAAACCAUCAAAUUCAGGUAGUGGUACAACUGGUACUCCCAAGUAUGAUGGAGAUUCAACGACAACGCCAGGAGAUGACGACGGAGACACAACAACAUCACCAUCGUAUGAUGAAUACGAUACAGACACACCGUCAACAGACUCAGACUACGAUCCGACAGAUUCAGUCACAGAUGCUCCUGUCACCGAUGAUCUAGUACAUCUUCUAAACUUUUCUGAAAGACUCUUCUUAGAGCCUUUUUCAAAUACAUCAUCAUUUGAAAAAUAA